CGUCGACAGAAAACUCCAGACUUUCCUCCUCCUUCCUUCUCCGUCGUCUUCUUCUUCAUCACCUUCAAACCGCCGCCGCCGCCGCCAAACCCUAGCUCCGACCGCCGCCGCCUCCGCUUCCCCUUCCCCUUCGCCGGUUCCACUCCCGAGAACCGAGCGAAACUCGAUCCCCCAUCUCAGUCCUCCUCCUCCCUUGACGAUCCCCUUAGUAGCAAAUCCCCGCUUGACACGGCUAAAGAAAAUUAGGGUUUGGAGCUUCUUCCCCCUUGUCCGUCAUCUCGGCGUCCGCCGCCGUCGUCGAAACCGGUCGCGGAUCUAAGCAAAUUUUUUUUCAAAAGGGGUACACACGCGCACGAGAAAAGGGCCAACCUAAAAUUUUUUUUCUCUUUUUUUUUUUCCUCGACUGGAUCGGUCUUCCCGUUUGACCUUUUCCGUCGGCUUCACCUAAAAAAGAACAAAUCAGAUCGGCAAGGCCUUAAAAAGGGUACCCGUGAUUUGAUUCGAUCUUGAUGGAUUGAUGAUUUAUUAAAGGGACGGACGGACGGACGGAUUGAAGGAGGGAGGGGUGUUUACCGAUUGACACAGGGAGUGGGGAGGGAACAUGUACAAAUCGGUGGUGUACCAUGGGGAGGAGUUGUUGGGGGAGGUGGAGGUUUAUCUGCAACAGCUGAGCAGGGAUGAUGGAGGAGGAGGGGAGGAAGAGGAGAGUUGUUACCAGAGUAGGAAGGAGAAGGCGAGGAUGGUGGAGGAUGUGGUGAAGGAGAGGGUCAGGGUCGAUCACCUGUCUCAGCCCAGUGAGAGGUGCCCUCCACUUGCAGUGCUCCACACCGUUGCAUCUUGUGGGAUUUGCUUCAAAAUGGAGUCCCAAUCCUCCCUGUCACCGGACUCGCCGCUCUCCCUUUUGCAUUCCUCCUGUACCAGAGACAGCAAGACUGCAGUUAUGCCACUCGGAGAAGAUGAACUUCACUUGGUUGCCAUGUACUCCCGGAAUGGUGAUAGACGACAUCCAUGCUUCUGGGGGUUUUGUGUCCCGUCAGGACUUUACAGUUCUUGUCUUGUCAUGCUUAACCUAAGGUGUCUUGGGAUUGUAUUUGAUCUUGAUGAAACGCUCAUUGUUGCAAAUACCAUGCGAUCCUUUGAGGAUAGGAUUGAAGCUCUCCAACGCAAAAUAAAUUCCGAGUCAGAUCCGCAACGCAUUUCUGGCAUGCUUGCAGAGGUGAAGAGGUAUCAGGACGAUAAGACGAUUCUUAAGCAGUAUGUCGACAAUGAUCAGGUUGUUGAGAAUGGGAAAGUGAUCAAAGCUCAGUACGAGAAUGUCCCUGCGUUAUCUGACAACAGCCAACCUUUUGUUCGGCCGCUUAUACGGUUGCCAGAGAAAAAUAUUAUUCUGACCCGCAUUAAUCCGCUGAUUCGCGAUACAAGUGUUCUUGUGAGGUUGAGACCUGCAUGGGAGGAACUUCGGAGUUACUUAACUGCUAGAGGGCGCAAGCGCUUUGAGGUUUAUGUUUGCACUAUGGCUGAAAGAGAUUAUGCUUUGGAAAUGUGGAGGCUUCUUGAUCCAGAGUCAAGCUUGAUACAGUCAAAAGAAGUUCUGGAGCGCAUUGUGUGUGUUAAGUCUGGUUUAAGGAAAUCACUGUUUGAUGUCUUUCAAAAUGGAAUAUGCCAUCCUAAGAUGGCAUUGGUGAUUGAUGACCGUUUGAAAGUUUGGGAUGAGAAAGACCAACCUCGUGUUCAUGUUGUUCCUGCAUUUGCCCCAUACUAUGCUCCUCAAGCUGAGGCAAAUAGUGCUGUUCCAGUAUUGUGUGUUGCAAGAAAUGUUGCUUGUAAUGUCAGAGGUGGCUUUUUCAAAGAAUUUGACGAGGGUCUUCUACAAAGAAUUUCCGAAGUUGCAUAUGAAGAUGACACAAGAGAUAUCCCUUGUCCUCCCGAUGUGAGCAACUAUUUAGUUUCAGAGGAUGACACUUCUGCCUCGAAUGGAAAUAAAGAUCCACUUUCUUUAGACGGAAUGGCAGGUGCUGAGGUCGAAAGAAGAUUGAAGGAUGCAAUUCCAGCUUCAAUUGUCUCUUCGGCAAUUACUAAUUUGGAUCCAAGGAUACUUGCUUCUCUUCAGAAUGCACUUGCAUCUUCCGCAAGCACAAUUCCUUUGUCCACAUCUCAGACAACAGCUUCUACCUUUCCCAAUACGCAGUUUCCUGAAGCCACUUCAUUAGUUAAAAAAUUUGGCCAGGCUAGUCCUCCAGAGCAGAGCAUGCAGAGUUCGCCUGCUAGGGAAGAGGGUGAGGUGCCAGAGUCAGAAUUAGAUCCUGACACCAGGAGGCGGCUGCUCAUCUUGCAACACGGGCAAGAUAAUAGGGAUCAAGUUCCUGGCGAACCUCCAUUUUCUGUGAGACCUCCGCCGAUUCAAGUAUCCGCUCCUAGGGCGCAGUCACAUGGAACCUGGUUUCCGGUGGAAGAAGAGAUGAGUCCAAGGCGACUAACCAGAUCAGUUCCGAAAGAAUAUCCACUAGAUUCUGAAAUGCAUAUUGACAAGCAUCGACCUCAUCAUCCGUCCCUUUUUCCCAAUAUGGAGAGUUCCAUUCCUCCUGAAAGAGCUGUUCAUGAAAGUCAAAGAUUGCCAAAAGAGGGACAUGGUAGAGAUGACAGGCUAAAGCUAAACAAUACUUUUUCCACUUAUCAUUCUAUCUCUGGUGAGGAAAAUUCUUUGAGUCGCACAUCAACAACUGGUCGAGACUUCGACUCUGAAUCGGGGCGACCUAUACCAACUAGAGAAGCUCCAGCUGUUGUUUUGCAGGAAAUUGCAAUGAAGUGUGGAGCAAAGGUGGAGUUCAGACCGGCUUUGCUUCCAAGCAUGGAUCUGCAGUUUUCUAUUGAGGCUUGGUUCGCGGGAGAGAAGGUUGGCGAAGGGAGUGGUAGAACAAGAAGAGAAGCCCAACACCAGGCUGCUGAAGGUUCGCUGAGGCAUUUGGCUGAUAUAUACAUGAUGCGGGCAAAGUCUGAUCCUGCUUCCAGACAAGGAGAUGGAAAUCGGCUAUCACCAGCAAGGGAGAAUGGAUAUUUCGGUAGUAUUUACUCUUUUGGGAAUCAGCCGUUGCCGAAAGAGGAUCCUGUUCCUUAUGCUACCACAGUUGAGCCAUCAAGAUUUCCAGACCCAAGAUUUGAAGGCCCUAAGAAUUCAACGGGCUCUGUUUCUGCUCUUAAAGAAUUAUGCAUGAUGGAGGGUCUUGGUGUGGUCUUCCAAUCCCCGCCACAGCUGGCAACAAAUCCCAUGCAGAAUAAAGAGGUUCACGCACAGGUUGAAAUCGAUGGGCAGGUUUUGGGGAGGGGAAUUGGCUUAACAUGGGAUGAAGCUAAGAUACAGGCUGCUGAGAGGGCUCUUGCAUCGUUGAGGUCAAUGCUCGGUCAAUUUACUCCAAAGCGUCCAGGCUCCCCCAGAUCGUUGCAAGGGAUACCGAGUAAACGACUCAAGCCGGAGUUCCCAAGAGUUGUGCAGCGGAUGCCCUCUUCGGCUAGAUACCCCAAGAAUGCCCCUGCCGUUCCCUAACUGUUUGAGUCAAAGUUUCAUUCUUUUUGCUCUUUAUCCGGGCCUUUCUCAGUUCACACGUGGAGAAGUUGGAGAUAUUGAAUCGCAGGUUCAUGUUUCGUUUCAACAACUAACAAUAUGUCCCGGCAAAGAUCUUCCUUGUUGAUCUGACGACUUCGAGGGCGUUCAUUAUUGGAAGAGUAGAUGUACCUGAGACUGCCUCACAACUCGAGCCAUCAUUUUGUCGGCAGGAUACUGGUCUCUGGUGUAAAUCGAUUCUUUUCUCGUGCUCUGCGCAUUUACUACACAAGGCAAACCCAGGACUUGUGCUCGGCUCGACAAACUGCUGCGGAUCGAAAGCUGCCUCCACUCGAUGGCUCGGCGUGGCUCGAGGACUUGACCAACUAACCGACAGUGUUAACCGUGCUACAGUUUAACUGUUUUCCUUUUUUUCCCGCUCGGUGGCCCUUGACAUGGGGAGAUUGUGGUAAUUCUAGGGCUGCUUUACUGGCGAAGUCUUCCGGCACAGCGACGUAACAUUUCGGUGUAUCGUGGUUGAUUCUUUGAGCAAUGAAAUCUGUACAAUUUGUUUGCCGA